CUUCAUUCUUUCCUUCAGACUUCUCAGUUUUAUAAUAAUUGCAUCAAUGGGGUGUAUUUGAAUGAGAAAGGAGAGCUGGUAGCAGACCUUGCCAUUAUAAACUGGAUCAUUUUAGCCAAUGGAUCUGUCAGCAGAGUGAUAUUUGGGGAUCUAGAAAGACCAGGAUUCUUGGAUGUGAAAUUUACAAUCAAGGAAACAGCUCUUGCAAGGAUGGAACUGUUGAAGAAGCCCCUGCCUCUUUCCAGGUGUGUGGAAAACUGUCCUCAAGGAUUCAUGAAGGUGGCUCAGGAAGGGAAGCCCAUCUGUUGCUACAACUGUCGUCCAUGUGCAGAAGGAACCAUCUCCACCAAGGAAGAUGCAGAACAAUGUACCAAAUGUUCAGAAGAUCAACAUCCAAACAGCAAUCGAGACCACUGUAUUCCAAAAAUUAUGAACUAUCUUUCUUAUAAGGAAAAUCUGGGGAUCAUCCUGACUUUCAUUGCCUUGUUCCUCUCUUUAACCACAGGCUUUGUCUUGGGAAUCUUCAUUAAAUACCUGGAAACACCAAUUGUCAAAGCCAACAACCGGGAUCUCUCCUACAUCCUCCUGAUCUCCCUCAUAUUUUCCAUGUUGACCACUUUCUUCUUUAUUGGCCAUCCACAGAGAGUGACCUGCCUCCUCCGACAAGCAGCUUUCAGUGUCAUCUUCUCAAUAGCCAUUUCUUCAAUUUUGGCCAAAACAAUCACAGUGGUAUUUGCUUUCUUGGCCACAAAACCAGGGAAUAAAAUGCAGAGAUGGCUCGGGAAGAGCUUUGCUAAUACCAUCAUCCUUUCUUGCUCUGGUGUCCAAGUUGUCAUCUGCCUCAUCUGGUUGAGCAUCUUUCCUCCAUUUCCUGACACUGACAUGCAUUCCCAACCUAGAGAGGUCAUCAUACAAUGCAAUGAAGGCAGUAUCACCAUGUUCUACUCUGCCCUUGGGUACAUGGGUUUUCUUGCUACUGUUUGUUUCACAGUGGCUUUCCUGGCCAGGAAUCUACCUGGAGCUUUUAAUGAAGCCAAGUUGAUCACCUUCAGCAUGCUGGUCUUUUGCAGUGUUUGGGUGUCCUUUGUGCCUGCUUACCUGAGUACCAAAGGGAAGUACAUGGUGGCUGUGCAGGUCUUCUCCAUCUUGGCUUCAAGUGCUGGCCUACUGGGCUGCAUCUUCUUCCCCAAGUGCUACAUCAUUGUGCUCAAACCAGAUCUGAAUACCAAAGAACAAAUGAUGUUGAAAUAA